AUGAUGAAACAGGUUUCCAUUCUUUGUGCAGUCAUGUUGGCUGCGAAAAGUGUUGCAGGUGCUUAUGUUCCUGGAAGUGGUCAAGAUUGGGCCCAAUUGUUGCCUGAAUCCCAACCUCUUCAAGGGAGUUACGACACCCUUCCUUUCAAGUUUGGUAUCGUUGUUAACUCUUUCCGUUUGAAUGAAGAUGGGGUAUACGAAGAACCAGAAGUUAGAAAACCAAUCAGAUCUGUUACUACUACAUUUGCUACCUCAAAAGUUACCACGUUCACCACUUCACACCUUACUACCUUCACAACCUCUGGGAUCACCUCGGCUCCAAAGGCAACACAUACAGCUGAUAUUGUUCAUCAAAUUUAUGACGGACAAGUUCAAAAGCCUGAUGGCGAUGAACCUUGUGAUGAAAAUACUGAGCCUUGUGAUGAUGUCCCUGAACCUUGUGAUGAAGAUCCUGAGCCUUGUGAUGAAAGUGAAGCUCAAAAAUGGAGACCUUGGAAAGACUCUGACCCUUGUGAUGAGGAAGAAGAAGCUGACCCAUGUGAAGAAGAUAAUGAUCCUUGUGAAGAAGAUACUGACCCAUGUGAUGAACCUUGUGAAGAUGUAGAACCUUGUGAAGAAGAAGUUGAUCCAUGUGAAGAUGAUAGAUAUUCAACCAAAAGAUCUUAUGAUGAUGAUUGUGAUGAUGAUGAUUUUGUAUCCCCUGUAUAUGCUGUUGCAUGUGCUACUGAUACUACUCUUCUGAUUGUGCUUGAGAAUGGUAUUCUUAAGGAUUCAGAGAAUAGAAUUGGAAGUAUUGUUGCCAGUAGACAAUUUCAAUUUGAUGGUCCUGUUCCUCAAUAUGGUGCAAUUUAUGCAGCAGGUUGGUCCGUCACUAAAGAUGGAAAAUUGGCACUUGGUGGUUCUACCACUUUUUUCCAAUGUGCCUCUGGCGGAUUCUACAAUCUUUAUGAUAAAUACAUUGCCGAGCAAUGUAACCCUGUUACUUUGGAUGUUGUGGAGCUUAUUGAUUGUGUCGCUGAUGACGAAGAUUGCCAAUAUUAA